AUGACAGUCGGUAUCGACGAUCUCCCCGAGAAAUAUGAUGAUCUGCCCAACAAGAGACAAUACUGGCCGGCAGCCGCUGGAUCCCCGGAAGAGGGACUAGGCAUGCUUCGCAUCCUCACCCCGGAGAUUGUAGCAGACGCCGCGCGUACACAGAUUCAAACCGGUUUGAGAGUCUGCUUAAACUGGGAUUUGGAACAAUUAAACCCACCAGGAUUCGGCCGAAAGCCUUUCGAGCAUCGCAUCAAAUGGGUGGCUCCCGGUAUCGCAUUCGACGACGAGUAUCAUUUCAACCCACAACAAUCUUCUCAGUGGGAUGGACUCCGACACCAUAGUGCACCUGCCCCGACGCCCGAGGAUCAAGCUCGCCGCGUAUUCUACGGUGGUACUACAGCCGAAGAAAUCCAGGACUCGAACUCCCCGCGGAUCGGUAUUGGAUACUGGGCUAAGAAGGGAAUCGCCGGUCGGGGCGUCUUGAUUGACUACUUAUCCUGGGCCGAGAAGAAGGGCAUUACCGUCAAUGGGCUCAGCCAGCAUGUGGUACCUCUCGACGACGUGCUCGCCAUCGCACGCGAAUGCAACAUCGAAUUCCAACGAGGAGACAUCUUCUUUCUCCGCGUGGGCCUCACCAAGACCUGGUCCUCCUUGAGCGACGCCCAAAAGCAGGAAUACAGCCAGCAAACGGUGCCCAAGCAUGCGGGACUCGAGCAGAGUGAGAACGUGCUCCGGUUUAUGUGGGAUAAUCACUUUGCAGCGGUAGCAUCCGACGCGGUUAGUUUCGAGGUCUUCCCCCCGCUCAACCCGGAGUUUGAUCUGCACCAUCAUAUGCUUGCCGGUUGGGGAUUGCCGAUCGGCGAGAUGUUCGACCUGGAGGAGUUGGCGGAGACCUGCAAGCAACUGGGGCGCUGGACAUUCUUUAUUUCCAGUAGUCCGCUGAAUUGUGCCAAUGGCGUUUCGAGCCCGCCUAACUGCAUGGCCAUAUUCUAG